UCCUUCACUAUAAAAUCUCACUCCCUCAGUACCACUUCAGUUCACUAAGCUUAUAAUCUCCCUUCCUCUUUCCUGGCCUCUUCUUUGCCGUCUUUGAUCUUCAAUUUUCUUUGUCCAGAUCCCUCAAAGCCGCGACAAUGAAGGUGAGAUCAAAAGCUGUGCUGAGAUUGGAUCUGCAUGAAGAGAAAGCUAAGAAGAAAGCCAUGAAGACAGUCUCUAGGCUUCCAGGGGUGCAUUCAAUAUCCAUGGAGAUGAAGGACCAGAAGCUGACAGUGAUAGGGGACAUUGAUCCAGUACACAUAGUUGCCAAACUGAGAAAGCUGUGCUGCACAGAAAUAGUUACAGUAGAACCGGCAAAAGAACCCGAAAAGCAAAAGGAGGAACCCAAGAAAGAAGAGCCGAAGAAGCAAGAUCAAGAUCUGCACAUCAUUGCUUAUCAUUACCAUUAUCCACAUGUUGUAAGUGUUGAGGAGGAUCCUAAUGCAAUUUGUGUCAUUUCUUAAUAUUUUAAUUCAGAAAUAGUUACAGUAGAACCGGCAAAAGAACCCGAAAAGCAAAAGGAGGAACCCAAGAAAGAAGAGCCGAAGAAGCAAGAUCAAGAUCUGCACAUCAUUGCUUAUCAUUACCAUUAUCCACAUGUUGUAAGUGUUGAGGAGGAUCCUAAUGCAAUUUGUGUCAUUUCUUAAUAUUUUAAUUCUAAAUGUAAAAGUUAUUAUUUCGGGAAAUAAAAAUUAAGUUUCAAUUUCAUAAA